GAAACCUACACCUAUCUAACAUCGGCUCGUGACACGAAGAAACCAACGAACAGAUAAGGGAAAGGGAGAGAGAGACAGAGACAGAAAAAAACCAAGCGUGCGCCCGCGAGCGCUCGAUCCUCGAAAUACCCUCUACGGAAUAGUGCUUUUUUAAUUGUUUUUGUUCACGAAAACGCGCGUGUCAACCUUUAUCUUUACGCAUACGGGCACACACACACACACACACACACCGGUCAUCCUCGUAAUUUUCUGUCGAGAUCGGCUCGAUAGAGCAAUAGUGUGGCCAAGGUGCAGGAGCCGCGUGGAUAACCACCAGAGACGGGUGAUCAGAACGUGAGAUACCACGACUAACGAGGGAAACGUCGUACCACUUCGGGGAGGAACAAGGAAGCCGUCGUGCUCCUUUGCUGAGGAGGAGGAUGAGGUCCUCGCUGGUGCUGCUGUUCCUGGCAGCGAUCGUUUUCGCCGAGGGCUUGGAGCGCGUGAAGAGGCAGGAGGAUGCGAAGAAGGAGGAGAGCUUCGAGAGUGAGAUCUGCAAGGACAAAGACGCGGGCGAGUGGUUCCGAUUGGUUGCGGGCGAGGGUGACAACUGUCGCGACGUGAUCCAGUGCACCAGCUCCGGACUGCAGGCGAUCAGGUGUCCGGCCGGCUUGUACUUCGACAUCGACAAAGAUAUGGAUAUUCCAUUGAAUAGAAUGCUGAAAAACCAGCGCAGUCUGUGA